AUUCUGGCCGCGAGGGGCGGGACCGUGGCUCACCUCCGAACCCCUGAGGCUCACCUCAGCAAGACUAUUUGGAGCCUCCAAGCUGGAGCUGGAACUAGAGUUCCGUGGUGUGGGGGCCGCGGCUGCCGGGCAGCGGCUCCUACAGGCCGACGUCAGGGCGAAUGAACCGGAGACGGUGGCGGUCUCCCGGCCCGGCAGCCGGACCCGGGCCGCGCUGCGCUGGUUCAUCACCGCGAUCCUGUGUGCGGCCUUCCUGGGGCUGGUGAGAGCUGGGGGAGCGACCCUCCCUGGCCGGGCGCGAGCAGGCGCCCUGCAGGCCUUCACGGGAAUGAGUAUUGCUAUACUGGGACCCACAUUUCAAGAUUUGGCAAGGAAUGUAAACAGAAACAUCAGCAGUCUUUCUCUCAUUUUUGUGGGCCGUGCCUCUGGAUAUUUGUGUGGCUCUAUGAUUGGUGGAGUUCUUUUUGAUUAUAUGAAUCAUUUUUUACUUUUGGGGGUUUCACUGUUGGCUACCACAGUUGGUCUUUUUGUUAUUCCUUUUUGCAAGGCAGCAGUGUUACUGAUUUUCAUGAUAUCUGUCAUUGGCGUUUCAAUGGGCAUUCUGGAUACAGGUGGUAACGUCCUCAUCUUGGCUAUUUGGGGGGAUGAAGGAGCCCCACACAUGCAGGCCUUACACUUCAGUUUUGCCUUGGGUGCCUUUCUGGCUCCAAUUCUGGCUAAAUUGGCACUGGGUACCUCAGUGUCUGCUGAAAACCACACAGAGCCUGCCUUUCAGCCUCCAGCCACCAAUGGAUCAUCUGAAGCUGACUCAGCCCCUCUGUUUGGAUUGCCUGAUGACAUGAAUCUACUCUGGGCUUAUGCUUUUAUCGGCACUUACAUUUUCAUAGUGUCUCUCUUUCUGUUUGCUUUGUUUUUCAAGAAAAGCUCAGGGCAGGAAAAAGCAAAAGCAUCUGCUCAGGCAUAUCGAAGAGCUGAAUAUCACAAGACCCUUCUCUGCCUCCUUUUUGUGUUCUUCUUUUUUUAUGUUGGAGCAGAGGUAACAUAUGGCUCUUAUGUUUUCUCCUUUGCCACCACCUAUGCUGGCAUGGAAGAACGUGAAGCAGCUGGGUUGAACUCCAUCUUCUGGGGGACCUUUGCAGCCUUCAGGGGCCUGGCGAUCUUCUUUGCUGCAUGUCUACAGCCGGGCACCAUGAUUGUGUUGAGCAACAUUGGCAGCUUGGCUUCAUCUUUAUUUCUGGUGUUAUUUGACAAGAGUCCACUCUGUCUCUGGAUUGCCACUUCAGUGUAUGGGGCCUCAAUGGCAGCCACAUUUCCCAGUGGUGUUUCCUGGAUUGAGCAGUACACGACCAUAAGUGGGAAAUCAGCAGCCUUUUUUGUAGUUGGUGCAGCCCUGGGAGAAAUGGCUAUUCCUGCAAUAAUUGGAAUUGUUCAGGGACAAUACCCAGAUUUGCCCAUAGUUCUGUACACCUGUUUGGGAUCAGCAGUAUUCACUGCUGUUAUAUUUCCUGUGAUGUAUAAAUUAGCCACCUUGCCUCUGGAUCGCCAGCGAAAAGCUAACAGAAAGAGUGAGGACCAAAAGUCUUUGCUUUCCAACUCUGAACUAAAUGACUAUGAGGAGGAGAAUGAAGGGGAGGAUGCAGAAAAAUGGAAUGAAAUGGAUUUUGAAGUAGUAGAAAUGAAUGAUACAAUGGGACCUAUUGUCAUAGAACGUUCUGGAAAUAUUUUGAUGGAGCCCACAGCUGAUGUCUCCACCCAGUUCCUAUCAAGUACAUUAAUAUUUAAAUCUUCCCCAGUUAAUACUGGUGAUUCCCCUGUGAAACACCUUGCCAGAAGUGUGGAAAAAAGGGACUAACAUUUAGAGAAGAUGAAUUAUUUACUGACUGCCGUGAAUAAAUUCCACUUUUAAAGAGGGCAGAGCAGCAUUACCAGAUUUCAGCAUGCUUUGGGGAUCAAAGUUUCAAGGCCCACUUAUAGCAAAUGCUGAAGAUUUGAAAUGUUCUAAUUCCCAGUGUUUCCCACAAAGUAUCAAUUGUGUGGUUCAGUAGGACCUUGUUUUGAGACUAUUGUGUAUCAUAGGCUGAUUAGGUAAUAUUUUCUUGUGUCUACCUUUCAGAGCACACAAACCCUUUUUUUUUUUCCUUCUUGAGAAGUUGGGUAGUGUUCGACUAGAACAAAAUCCAUUAUGUGUGGGAUGGAUAUUCCAUUCAAGUAUCAGGCAUGUUUUGCCAAAGAUGUUGGGCAGAGAAAUUUCAUGAUUAUCUCUGGAAACAAAUAGUUGUUUUAUUAAUUGCUUUACCUUAUCUUUAUUGUUGGACCAAAGAUUGUUAAAGACUCAUUUGAUAUUUGAUUUCUAGGCAGAGAACACAAAGCCAGGCUCAAGAGACCUGGGUUGAAGACAGGAGUCUGGCUUAGGGCUCUCAAUAUAGGUCUUGUUUAUGUUAUCACUUGAUCUGUGACUCCAGAAAUGGAAGUGAGAUGAGAUCCAAAUUGAGAAACUCCUAGGUUUUAAAGUUUGUGUAGGAUGACAGCUAGCACAUUCUUCAUUUCAAAUGAGAAUUGAAACAAAAAUGGUAAAUGGCUUUAAGUUUGAGCUAUUGUGUAUGAAUUCAUUCCAGUUUCAUACACUAUAUUAAAUAUGUUCUUUGGAAAAUAUUCUAAAGAGCACUUUUUUUUUUUUUUUGGUACUGAAAUUGAACCCAGUAGUACAGUAGUACAGAAAUUGAACCACUGAGCUAUACCUGCAAACCACACCCCUCCCCAUCUUUUUAAAAAUUUUGUGAUAGAGUCCAAGUUGCUGAGGCUGGCCUAGAACUUGGUGAUCUCCUGCAUCAGCUUCUCCAUUGACUGGGGUUAUAAGUGUGCACCAUCGCACCAGGCAGGGAUACAUUUUUAAUGCUGCAUCUCAUUGAUCCUAAGAUAUAACUUUUCCCCAUAACUUAAUGUCUUUUAAACUGCAUACACUUAUAAUCAAUGAUCUUUUAAUAUUAUGAGAAAUCUUGUUUGACUUUUUUUACUACAUGCAUAUAUAAAAUAACAUCAUAUUUUACAAUCAGUGUCUUAGGUUCAGUGAUAUUCAGUAAAUAUAAUUAUGGAAAUUAUAUUUGCAGAUAUUUUUUAAAGAAAACUUAUUUUUAUAUGCUAAUUUAAUCUCUAGUGAUGUGUAAAUAGGAUUUGGAGAUACUAUAUUCUGAUAUUAGAAGCUAUUUGAAUUAUUACAUUAGUAGUAGAGGCAUAGAUGGGUCUUUUGAGGCCCCUGACCUACCUCAAUAACAGAGGCUGGGUCUAGGUCUUCCUGUUUCAAGGCUUUGACCCUCACUGGAUUUGGGUGAUAAUCCCAGUAUAAGUACUGUGAACCAGACUAGAAGUUCAGUUUACAAGGAGGCACAGCCUUUUCCAGGGUUUGGAAUUCUUGUGUCACCCACCCAUCCUCUUCUUUGAGUUUGAAAUACCUGGGAAACCAAAGUGAAGAUGAGAAGAUGGAGGGCUGGAGAUGUAGCUCAGUGGUAGAGUGCUUGCCUAGCAGGCUAAAGGCCUCUGUUCCAUCCGCUAUACUGGGAUUGGGGGGUGUCAGACAGCAGGUGGCUUAGUGGUCCAGGCAUCAAGGAUGAGGAAGGGAAUUUAUGAGUAUGGCCAAACUGGUGUGUCUAUCCUUCAAUAAAUGACAAGAAUCAAUAAGAGUUUUUGUAUACUUUUCCCUAAGUUUUAUGCUGAGUGACCUCAAAUUUCUACCAGAAUGCUUUCUCUUAUCUAAUGUCUAUAAAUUUGUUUUUGAGAAACAGUUGCUUUGGUUUGUCUUAAGUGAAAUGCAGUACCUUUCUUAACCAGUUCGUUCACCUUAUAGCUUUCAUUCAUGUUGAGAACAAAACAACUUUGGAGAGGACUGCUGGAGAAAUUGAUGGUAAAAUGCCUGUUGUUUUUUUUUUUAAUACAGUACUUCUCCCCUGAUUAGUGUUGGAAAUCACUUAUGUUCCACACUCUCUCUGCUCUUCCUCAGGCUGCUGGGCCUUAGGCAGUAGCAGUUGUUUGGCUGAUGAGAGGCUUAUUACUAUAGGGAUUUUCCCCUCAGCUUCUACUUUUAGAGGGUAGGAGAUGAGGCCAUGGGAGAGAUGCAUGGUAAUGAGAACAUGGUAUACAUUUUGGAAAUCCAUAUAGAUAAAUCACUAAGAUUCCACAAACCAAAAUGUGGAUGUUCAUAAGACCACUGGCAUUAUAAAAUUUUGAAAAUGUGUUUCCAUAUUGAAAGGAAUCAACUUAGCACAGUUCUAAGCAUUAGCAUUCAUUUGAAUGAUCAGUUCUUAGGUGAGUGUCUACUGAUAUACAAUAACCAAGAGCCAACUUUUCUAUUGCUGUCUAAUAAAUGACCAUAAAAAACAGCAACUUAAAACAAUAUACACUUAUUAUCUCACAUUUCUGUGGUUCAGCAAUGUAGACAUGACUUAACUUUCCUCUGCUAUGGGUCUUAAUAGGGCUGAGACCCAUAUCCCUGUUGGGUAGCAUUUUCUUCUUCGUUGGAGGUUCAGUCCUCCUUCAAGGCAUGGGGUUGCUUUCAGUAUUUAGUUACUAGCUUGUUGACUGAGUUUCCUGUUUCCUGCUCACAGUCAGCUGGUCACCAUUCUUAGGUCCUUCAAGACUCCCACAGUUCCUUGCUAUGUGACCCUUUCAUAGAUCCUCCCACAACAUGGCAGCCUCUUCAAAGCCAACAGGGGAGUAUAUGCACAAGACUGUGGUUUAAUGUCCAGCACCACCACAAAAAACAAAACAACAACAAAAAGGACAAGUGUUGCAACACCCUCCUGCAAGAAGUGUGAGAUCCAAGAUAUUAUUCCUAAGAUGAUUUUGUUUCACAUGGAUUCAGUGGAUAAUUAGGAUAGCUUUCUUAUAACCAGAACUUUAGAGUCAUAGCAACAUGUCACUUAAUCCUGCCACUUUCACAUAUUAAUAAAAGAUAUUUAGAAGUUCUUCAUGUAGCCUCCCCUGUGUGUAAAGGAAAAAAGCAGGCUGAUGAUGAUUGUGAGGAGGAAGAUUUUGGCUCCAAUUCUGAAAAAGACACUUUGGCUAGUUCAUUUUAGCUAGGUCGAACUUGAGUUGAAUAUUCAUAUAUGUAUAAGUAGCUUCACAUUUAAUGAUUUAAAAUUUUAUAAAUGUGAAUGUUUAUAACCAAGAUUUUUUUUUCUUGUCUAAUCCCAGCUACUUGGGAGACUGAGGCUGGAGGAUCACAAGUUUGUGUCCAACCUUGACAACUUACUCAGACCCUGUCUCAAAAUAUAAAAUGGGCUGGGGAUGUAUAACAGUGGUAGCACACCCUUGGAUUCAAUACCCAGUCCCCCAAAAUAAAAUUUUUAAAAACUAUUUUUUAAAUUUAUUUUCCAAUAUUUACCUAGUGGUUAGUUCUAUUUUGUCUUCUCUUGUCCUCCUCUUCUGUCCUAUUGCUUUUAGAACUUUCAGAGAUGAUCGAUUCUUGUAUUAAGUAUUCUUAUAUAUUUUCUUGUCUUGCUUCAGUUGAGGAAUUUAAUUUCAGAAUAUAUUUGGUACCCAUCUCUAAUUUUAUUGCAGCUCGAGUGUGAUGCAUUUAUGAGCUAGUUACUGGGUGGGCGGGAGAAAGGUUUUGAAAUUGUCUGAUGACAUGAGUAGCAUGAGAGAUUGGGGUUUUUAGCUUCUGAACAACUCGUUGAAAGUAUAAGGUGCUUUUACAAAACUGAUGUAUUUUUAAUGGCGUAUGAUGUACAAAUAUAUAACUCUUACUAUAUUAUCCAUUUUCAAGUGUGCAGUGCAGUGGCAGGAAGUAUAUUCACAUUGUUGUGCAGCCAUCACUGCUAUCUGUCCACAGAACUCUUCAUCUGGCAUAACUGGAACUCUGUGCCCAUUAGGCAGUAACUCUGUCCUACCUACCCUAAGUAUUAAUAAACUUCUCUCCCUGGAGACUACCAAGUAUCAUGUGUUUGAGGACUUAGGUUACAGUUUUCUGCACUUGAAUGAUCCUCUGUUUUGCGCUCCUUUGUUAAGAAACAUGGAAGUCCUGUGAUUGCCUAGGAGCAGAUGGUAUGUGUUCAGGGAACCAUGGACUGGGCUGCUCUCUGCCUCUCACAGAAGCUCCAUGGGACUACUUCCUUCUGUUUCCCUCUCUUGGUCCAUCCUCUUGAUAUUUCUAGUCCUGAUUCCCCAAAGAACCUAUGUGAUGUGAGUAGGUCCCAUUACCAUUAUUGGACCUAGGGGUCGAUAGUGUGCCUUAUGAAUGGUUUGCCUUGGGUCCGUCCUUCCUUCCUUCCUUCUCUCUUCCCCUCUCUCUUUUUUCUCUCUCUUCCUUUUCUUUCCACAUUUAUUUAUCUUUAUAUGGUGUUGAGGAUCAAACCCUGGGCCUCACAUAUGCUAGGUGAUUGCUCUACCAUUGAGCCACAACCCCAGCUCCUGCCUUGGGUCAUUUUUAUUGCUUCCUUCCAAAGAGUGGCCACCUUCACACUCCUGCUGCCAUUGCUCAGAGUGCAGUAGCCUUACACCAAAAUUCCACUGCCUACUUCAUGUCAGGGUAAUGCUGGGCUUUGUUAACAUUGCUAACAGUUGCCUGAAAGGGACUGGCAGGCCCUUCCAAUUCAUCAUUUGAAUUGGAAUCCAAAACAUAAUUCCAGCAGAUUGCAGGAGUUGGGGGAAGGAAGAGUAGUAGACAAAGCUAGUGGACUCUGAGAAAAAAAGAAGGCACUAUCUUAAUAGGGCAGCAUUUAUGCUUGAGUGAGCUGUAAACAGAUUUCUGUUUUCAGGAGAUAUUAUAGCUCUAAUCUCUGUGGACCAGACAGUUUCCAAGCUCAUACAGUUCAGUCAUUUAACAGAUAUUGACUCAGCAUUUUCCAUUUUUGGAAACUAGGGCCCUGUGGACAAAACAGUAGAAGACAGGUGGGAUUCCUGUUUCAUGGAGCUUAUGUUUUAGUAUUUCAAGUAAGGUUUCUGGACACCAUUUAUUUAGCACAGUGCAGAACUUAAUAUAGCUCAAGCCUGCCUAAGAAGGUUCUAGCAGAGGAGUCUGCCACCAAGAUGGGGAUGUGCUCAUUACAGGCAAGAGGACAUGUUCAUGGUUGAGCUUGAGUGUGGGUUUCAGCUCCCAACACCAGGGUAACUGAGCACAGUUCUCAGCCAUUUCCCCGAUCCCUUGCAGAAAACUCUGCCCUUAGAAGAAGAGCAUCCUGUUCUGAUCCUAAAGCCCUUUGGUCCUUUGCCUUCUUGAAGAAUAAGCCAGAGAAUCAUUUCAGAAGAAAAGUUGUUUACCUGCAAUAAGAGCAAGAGAGCGCCUCACUUGCCAAGUAAAAAACACAAUAUUUGAGGGAAAAGUUUAAAACUGCCAAGAAUUCUGAGUCUGCCUAAGUCUAUUUGUGGCAGAAAAAUAGCAAAUGCUUCAUUGUUAUCAUGUUUACAAACAUCACAACAAAUCUGAUGUAGUACAGCUAAAACCGUGGGCAAAGUAGAUUUUGCUGGAGAUUCCAGUUUUUUAAAAAAAUGUUUUUUAGUGGUAGGUGGACACAAUAACCUUUAUUUUUACAUGGGUGCCAAGGAUCAAACCCAGUGCCUCAUGUGUGCUAGGCGAACACUCUACCGCUGAGACACAAACCCAGCCCAAGAUUCCAGUUUUAUGGGAAACAUUCAAGAUUUUAUUGUUUUUAUUAAAACUAAUUAGAGGACCCUACCAUUUUUAAAAAAAUAGUUUUUAGUCAUAUAUGGGCACAAUAUUUUUAUUUUGUUUAUUUUUAUGUGGUGCUGAGGAUGGAGCCCAGGAUCUCACAUGUGAGAGGUGAGUGCUCUACUGAUGAGCCACAACCCCAGCCCUGGACCCUAUCAUUUUUGUUUUAUCUCAAGAUGGAAUGUGAUUUACCCCUGUGAGAUGGGAAAUGUUUAGUGAUGUUUUGCUUCUGUAGCUCUCCUGAAUUUAUAAACUCUAGGAAGAAAAAUAUGACUUGAAGAAAAAAACACGAUUGCAGAAUGUAUUCUUGUUCCUAAUCCAAGUGAUAAAUCUUUGCUCCAGUGGUUUUUAGUCCUGGCUACUGUAAGAAUCACCUGGCAUUGUAUCAAAACUGCCAAUGCCCAGCACAUUUACUUAAAUUCCAAUUUAAUUGGUCUGCAAUGGAGCCCGAGUUCUGAUAUUUUGAAAGUUCCCUGGUAAGUGUAAUACUCAGCCAAGGCUGAGAACCUCUGCCUUGACAAUGCAGGUGGACCUAGUGGUCAAGUUCUGACCUCACCACUCACUGCCAGAGGCCCCAUGGGGCCAAAGAUGGGACUGCCAGCCAGAGGGAUUUUUUUAAGGCUCAUUUACACUUUGGUUAAGUCAUGCUGCUUUGUGGAAGAUUAAUGCUCUGUGCACUUUUUUGAAAGACAAGCAGAGAGGAAGAGGUCUCCUGUUUCUACUGCUGUGUGGUCAAAUCAUGGGAACAGUCAAUGCUGUUAAUUGAAGCCUUGCCAAGAGUAAAAGUGAUUAGAGAUUUUCUGCAUGUUGCCCUUCCACAUAGGUUUUCACUUGUCAGUUUUGAUCUUGGGGCUUAAGAGGAUAGGAGUAAUCUUGUAGAUUCACCCCACCUGAAUAUCAGUGCAUUCACUGUUUAUAUGCCUUUGUAGAAUACAAGAGUACGUUUGAGAAAUAUGUUGAUAUAAAUAAAUACUGAUGUUGGUUUAAGAUAAAA